UAGCAUUAAAUGCAUUUGCGUAUCUGCAUAAACAGGAAUAACAUUGGAUGGACUUGUAUAACAAAAUGAACUCUGUAAAAGAAUUUCUGUCUCAAUUGGAAUAUUAUACAGCAUUGGAGAAGCUUGAAUUUAAAUCACAGGAGAAUCUUGAAUUCGAAGAGGAAAGUCUCACAAUUUACAAAGAACAUUAUUAGGAAGUAAACAUAACAAGAUCAUAAUCUAGGUUAUCAAUUCCUUUAAGUAACAAUAGACAUUUAAUAAAAAUGAAAAGGAAGAUAUAAAAUUAUUUUUGAGGGAAACAUUUCCAGAAGUUGUAGAAAGAUUAAAACGCAUUAUUGUAGAUAAAGUAAAUUAAUGCUUAAAUUAAGGAAAAAUUAAUUGAAGGUGACAUCAAAGAACUCGCUAAACUCAAACAUUAACAGCCAGAAGACAUAAGUCAAAGAUUUGAAGAGUUCAAUCAUUUACAUAAGAAAAUUUAGGAAGGUACUUAAAAUUAAUUAAUUAAGUGUAGUUUUAGAAUAGAAUGAUGAAUAAAUCAUUUAUAAAACUGUUGAAUUAUUGGAAUCAAAGAUUAUGAUAGGCUCUUUCAAAUAGAUGCAAAGUUAAGAAGUCGAUUUCUUUAUGAAGAGUGUUGAUAAACUGUUCAGGGAAAAGCAAAAUCCUCAUAAGAAAUAAGAUGCGAUCCAAUUACUUAGUCUAAUAAGCAGUGUAAUAUCAGAAUAUCUUAUUAAAAUGAUGAAUGAUUAAAUUGAAUCAUCCUUUGAAUUUCUGGAUAAGGAACUCUUCUUUACCGAAUCCAAAAAGACUCAUUUCAAUGCAAAGGAAUAAUACAUCAAUCUCCUAAACAGAUUAGAUUGUAAUCUUUAUCUUAUUUUAAGAAUUUCAUUAAACAGUUUGGAAAUAACUGAUGGAAUUACCCUAUGACAGCGAUUAAUUAGAAAUAGCUGAGAAAUAAUUUGAAUAAGCAACCUAAAUAGGAAUUCGUGCCAUAUCAUAUCAUUCCUAAUUGAUUGAUAUGGUUAAAGCUAUGUUAGAACGGUUUUUAUAAAGAUGA